UUUCUCUCAUUCUAUACAUAUUUUGCCACAUGAAAAAAGGCCAAGAAAAAAACAAAUAUAUCAGUUCAAAAAAUGGAGCUAACAACAAUUGGAAAAAGCAGCCAAUCAUCAUUUCAACACCAUGCUUCAACUCUCGAUGCUGGUGGAGAUUCUAUCUUAGAGGAAGAUGAGGAACUUGAGCUGCAAUGGGCAGCAAUUGAGAGACUACCAACAUUCAAACGGCUCAGAACCUCAGUAUUUGAUAUUGAUCAUGACAAUGGAAGUGGAAAAGAAUUUAAAGGUAAGAGAGUGACUGAUGUUACCAAGCUUGGAGCAGUUGAAAGACAUCUGUUUAUUGAGAAGCUCAUAAAGCACAUUGAGAAUGAUAAUCUCCGGUUGCUGCAGCAACUAAGAGACAGGAUAGACAGAAAAUUCCUAAAUGGCGGGUCUGGUGCUAUUGGAUCUGCCCUACAUCUUGGUCCCUAAAUGGCCUGCUGACUUCACAAUAUGGAGAUAUAAAGAAGGAGAUACUAAUCUUUGGGGACUCAAGACAGUUGGUUCCUUUCUUGAAGAUUAUUAUGGCUUUCGACAUGAUCAAUUGGGCCUUGUGGCCUUUGUGCUCAUUGCUUAUCCAAUUAUUUACGCUUCCCUGUUUGCCUAUUGCAUAGGGAAACUAAAUUUCCAACGGAGGUAGAAAUGAGCUAAAAAUUGCUUGAAAUACACUCCACGCAAUUGUAUGGCAUAAAUAUAUGUAUAGAUAUUUGCAGUUCUAUUGCAUGACAAGAAAAAUAGUUUUUGGCAGUAUAUAAAUUCUGUGACAUGCCAUAUAGAACCAGAGAUUUUAGAAUCAAUAUCUUCCCCUCCAUCAGAAAGACAAUGUGAUGAAGGGUGGUAUUUGACAACUCAA